CCCAGACCCUCCUCUUCGUCCUCCUCCUCUACUCCUCUACCCACCCGGGUCCCACCCGCGUACCCCUCUGCCUCUUAUUCACUGGUUCGUCCACUCGUUGCUGCUGCUGGCUCCUUCGUAUCCACCUUCUUAUCCUCCUCCGGGUUGGCGGCGAAGCCGAGAAGGAGACCGGUCGGCCAUCUCACUCGGUGGGACUGUUGCGCGGUCGCCGAAGCCCGCCGCUUUGCGGACGACCCAAGGCAGCGCAGCGCAGCGCACGGGAGCGCACGGGCCGGCGCAAGGAUACAGAAAUACUCGCGCGAGUGCUCUCCUCGUCCGCACUGAAUAAGCCGUGGGGCCCUUCGGCUGGCGACAUGCUUCGCUGUGGAUAGUUCGGUCCAGGACAGUGUUUAUUGCUGCUGAGAAUUCGGUGCCGGGGUACUGGGGCUCUCUCGAAGACAUGAAGGCCGGCAAACCUGCCUUCCUCUUCUUCGACCGGAGGCUGCCCGGCGUCUACCUCUUCGCCCUACUCCUACUUGGGAUUCAUCUUAGUGAACUUCCGACUUGCCAGGCUGUGAUCUGCCGAGAUUCUUAUAAAUGCAAUUGCACCGGGAUAAAGGGCCUGCAAGGUUAUCCCGGAAUUCCAGGACCAAGGGGUCGCGCAGGAAUUCCUGGAGAUACCGGACCAGACGGCCCGCCGGGUCCCAAGGGAUGGAAAGGAGCCAGCGGUGAGCGCGGUGGUGCAGGCGUAAAAGGCUACAGGGGUGAACAAGGUCCAAAAGGAUUCCAAGGACCCAGAGCCAGAGAUGGACAGCCUGGUAUCCCUGGUCCCAUGGGACCAGAUGGUCUGGAUGGGUGCAACGGGACUGACGGUCGUGCAGGAGCACCAGGAAUGCCUGGACGUUAUGGACAACGCGGUCCACCAGGACCGGAAGGUCCUCGAGGACCUGUUGGUGAACCUGGAGACGGUGGUAUUAAUUCCGUCGGUGUGAAGGGAAUAAGUGGUGUUCCUGGAAUCGAUGGUGAGAGAGGAGUUCCUGGACCACAGGGUAUACCUGGCGAAUUGGGUUAUCCCGGUGAACGUGGUGAAGCGGGUUUUCCCGGUCCCGAUGGACUUCCAGGACUCAAGGGAGAGCAAGGAGACACCGUGUACGGAGUGCAAGGACCACUUGGUGAACAAGGAGACAUAGGAGAGCCAGGACCUCCUGGUACUGGAGAAACAGUAGGCAAGGAUACGACCACAACCAGUAAAGGGAAACAGGGUGCAAAAGGUUAUCCUGGUGAUAUCGGAGAUCGAGGACUCAAGGGAGAACCAGGAAUGCGUGGACCACAGGGCCGAGCAGGUUUUCUUGGUGUUAAAGGGACGAAGGGUGAACAGGGCGAUGAUGGUCCCAGAGGUAAACAAGGUAUCCAGGGUCCCCUUGGACCUGCUGGUGAAAAGGGAUAUAAGGGUGCUCCUGGUUUUUCUGGUAGAAAUGGAGAGGACGGUUCGGAUGGAGAGCUUGGAGAACUUGGUAAUCCGGGUGCUCCGGGAAGACAGGGAGCCGAGGGAGAACCUGGUUUAUAUAUUCCUGAAUUGGAUGAGAUCAUUGUUGGUAACAUUGGAGUUCAGGGAGAAGUCGGUCCUCCCGGAGAACGGGGUCAACCUGGAUUGCCAGGACUUCCUGGCAAAGUAGGAUAUAUCGGGCCACCUGGACCACCAGGACCGCCAGGUAUUCCAGGGAUACGAGGACGAAAAGGAUCUUCGAUUAAGGGAGAGCGGGGAGAUGAUGGUUUUACUGGAAGUACGGGAGUACAGGGCCCACGAGGGAGUCCAGGUCUACCAGGCAUAGUAGGGGAACGAGGUUUCCCGGGAAGCACGGUAGAGGGACCUCGUGGUCCAGAUGGAAAACCUGGAACGGACGGUUAUCCGGGUGAUCUCGGAGAUCGUGGUGAACCAGGUCCACGUGGUCCCAAGGGCGUCCCUGGCAAGGGCGUAAGGAUACAAGGUCCGCCGGGUGAACCUGGUUUACCAGGAAUACCGGGACUCCGGGGUUUGGAUGGUUGGCCAGGUGUUCCCGGAUUUAAAGGUCCUAAGGGUACUCGUGGAGACGAUUGUGGUGUUUGUCAGUCGGGAUUUCCGGGAGCAAAGGGAGAGAGGGGUGAGUCCGGUCUAGACGGAUAUGCUGGUCUACCCGGAUAUGUGGGACUUCCGGGACCCAGAGGUCUUAAGGGAAUUCAAGGAAAUCCUGGCAGUCAGGGUCCUAAGGGACUUGAAGGUGCCAGCGGUCGUCCUGGCAUAGCUGGAGCGCAAGGACCGAAAGGUGAAGCAGGAAAAGUGAUUUGGCCUGCGGGUAGUAACAUAAUCAGUCCUUCCGGAGAUAAGGGAGACAAGGGAUUCCCUGGAACCGAAGGAUUCCCCGGUAUUAAAGGUCUGCCGGGUCCUUCUGGAGAUUAUGGAAUGAACGGAAUGAAGGGAGAAAAGGGCGACUAUGGUCUACCAGGAAUCCCGGGAAGGAAUGGUGUUCCAGGACGUGAUGGAAGUCCAGGAGUCAAAGGUGAACCUGCCUCAAGUCCAAUCGAAUAUUUUCAAGGAGAUCCUGGAUAUCCUGGGGAGCCAGGAGACAAGGGUCCCCCUGGAGAGAUGGGAGCCAAAGGUGAACCAGGAGAUUCGGCCGAUAAAUAUACCUUAUUGGCGAAAGGCGAUAAGGGAUUCAAAGGAAAACAAGGAUUCUACGGAUUCGAUGGGUAUAAGGGUGCUCGAGGUCGACCGGGUGAUACUGGUAUAAUUGGUCCGACAGGACCACAAGGACCACAAGGACUUUCUCGUCAAGGUCCCCCAGGACUUAAAGGAUAUCAAGGAGUUCCCGGAGAUCAAGGACCACGUGGUCCUCCUGGUAUUCCUGGUUUCCAAGGACCUACAGGACUACCAGGUCCUACGGCACAAAAAGGAGAACGAGGAGAUCCUGGAACUAAUUUCAUCUAUGGAGAUAUUGGAGAACGAGGUCCAACUGGCGUUAAAGGUGAAUUUGGUCUUCCCGGACCCGAAGGACCUCGAGGACAACCCGGUAUAGACGGAGUAAAGGGAUUUAAGGGUUCAAAGGGUGCCCCAGGACAUUCAGGACUGGCUGGUCUCCAGGGAUCGAAAGGUCAACACGGUGACAGUAUUCAGGGUAGCAGGGGUUAUCCAGGAACUCCAGGAAUGCCUGGAAUGCGUGGACAAGUGGGAGACUACGGGGUUCAAGGACCCGAUGGCACACCUGGCUUUGAGGGUAUGAAAGGAUUGAAGGGUGAGAUAGGCCCUUUAGGACGACGAGGAGAAGAUGGCGAUGCGGGUCCUCAAGGUUAUACAGGAAUGUACGGAUCACCAGGAAGUCAAGGAAGUCCUGGAGAGGAAGGUGAUAUCGGUGAACCAGGAGAAAAAGGUCCUCUAGGCUGGGAUGGAAUUAACGGAACCUCAGGACCUUAUGGACCGAAAGGAGAAAGAGGAGACUCAGGACUUCCAGGAGUUCCAGGGUCGAUCGGUCUUCCAGGACCCAAAGGACCUCGUGGUGACUAUGGUAUCGAUGGUCCAGAUGGUCCUCCAGGAGAAAAUUCAUUCAGCGGACCACAAGGAGAUCUUGGUGAACCUGGAUUUACUGGCGAACGAGGAUAUCCUGGAAGACCGGGAUUCGAUGGCCAGCCAGGACUUCCUGGAGAGCCAGGGUUAUCGAUAGAUGGUUAUGAUGGUGCCAUGGGACAAAAGGGAGAACCUGGCACUGACGGCUAUAAUGGUUUACCUGGCCCAAAGGGAGAAAUAGGUGACAUGGGCCCUGAUGGAUUACCAGGAGAAGUUGGAGAUCGUGGUCCGAAAGGACUUCCGGGAUUUCAUGGACGUAAUGGAAUGAACGGUGUGAAAGGUGCCAGAGGUCCAAUAGGUCUACGUGGAUUGAAUGGUCUCAAAGGAUUACGCGGAUUGGAAGGUGAUCCUGGAAAAAUGGGAUUACCAGGAUACCCUGGCGACCCUGGACCACCAGGACCCCGCGGAACAACUGGCCCUCCAGGACCUAAGGGUGAACUAGGAGAACCAGGAUACCCAUCGUAUGCUGAAGCUACAAAGGGUGACGUAGGUGAAAGCGGAAUAGACGGACUAUUGGGAAGAUCAGGAGAUCGAGGUGAUUUAGGAUUCCCAGGACCACCAGGUAGAAAGGGUGAACAAGGCGACCUUGGUUUCCCGGGCAGAGAAGGUAUUUUAGGUCCCCCAGGAGUUAAAGGUCUCCCAGGAGAUCGAGGACUUCCUGGAUUACCAGGAUUACCUGGACAGUUUGCGGAACCUGGUGAACCAGGUCUGCCGGGCUUAAAUGGACUUGCAGGAAAGCCCGGUAUACCAGGACAAAAAGGAGCUCCUGGAGAAUACGGAAUGACCGGUCGUAGAGGAAUCCCAGGAGAUAUAGGGCCCAGCAUCCCUGGACCGAAAGGAUUGCCAGGAGAUCAAGGUCUCAGGGGAUAUUCCGGACUUACAGGAAAACCCGGUUUUAGAGGACUCGAAGGACUUCAAGGAUACACAGGACCAAAGGGAUACUGCGGUAAACCCGGCGUGUCGGCUACGGCCGCCAAAGGGCUACCUGGAGAUAUAGGAUGGCCAGGAACUGACGGUCGUCCUGGAGAAAAAGGACACCGGGGAGAUGAAGGACAAGCAGGAUUUAAUGGUUUUACAGGAUUAAAGGGAAUUGAAGGAGACGUUGGAGAACGAGGACCGGUUGGUCGCCCAGGAGUCAGAGGACCUAAAGGACCUAAAGGAGAUCGUGGAAUUAGCAUCUUCCCACCAUUCCCAAGAUUAGGGCCGCAAGGAGACGUAGGACUUCCGGGACGUCCAGGAACCCCUGGACUACCAGGAAUGAUCGGUUUACCUGGAAAGCAAGGCCUCCCAGGACGUGCUGGCGAGCCCGGUAUGAUAGGACUGCCAGGAAUUCAGGGUCCAGACGGAUAUAUUGGCGAGGUUGGUCCAAGGGGUCCACCAGGUGCUGUCGGUUACGCCGGAAGUCCAGGAUUUCCCGGAAUACGAGGAGACCCAUCACCACCGCCACCAGGACCACGUAACAGAGGUUUCCAUUUCGCAAGACACUCUCAAUCUGAGAUGAUACCACUUUGUCCAAGAAACACUGUUAAACUCUGGGAUGGAUUUUCAUUGUUACACAUCAUGGGCAAUGGUCACGCUUUUGGCCUAGACCUAGGUACGGCCGGAAGUUGCGCAAGAAAAUUCUCAACAAUGCCAUUCACUUUCUGCGAUCCGAACAACGUGUGCAGCUACGCGCAGCGCAACGAUUACAGUUACUGGCUGAGCUCGACGGAACCGAUGCCAAUGACAAUGGCCCCAAUUCCGGCACCGGAAGUCGGCAGAUAUAUCUCAAGAUGUACAGUGUGCGAAGCUCCAACAAGAUUAAUCGCGGUACACAGUCAAUCAAUGGCAAUACCCGAGUGUCCAGGAGAUUGGGAAGAGCUCUGGAUAGGAUACAGUUUCCUAAUGCAUCGCGACGCCGGUGCGGCAGGCGCUGGCCAAUCGCUGGUUUCCCCAGGUUCCUGUCUGGAGGAAUUCCGUGCGCGUCCAUUCAUCGAGUGCCGAGGUCUGGGCACUUGCAAUUACUUCUCCACAGCAACGUCCUACUGGCUAGCGACAAUCCGUGACAACGAGAUGUUCCGGAAACCGUUGCAGCAGACCCUGAAGGCUGAUCACACGUCGCGCGUCAGUCGAUGCGCCGUCUGCCUACGACGUCGCGUCACCGAAGAGGAACGUAGCAAUUUGCAUGAAUUCUCAAGAACGUCCCAGAGAUAUCAAAACGUUCCACCAGCAUCACCACCAAAGUAUCGAGUUCCCCAGGAACCAGUACCCCCUACAGGUAAUCGACCGUACUACAGAUAUCCGCAACAGGGCGGACGUAGGCAACCUGGUCCAGGUGGCAGACGCAUCCCUUUCAACUACCGUAGACGAGGACGCACAGGCAGGCCCAUUAAUCGAGUGACCUAGGCAUAAUGAUUCCAAGAUAGAAAAGAAACGUGCCAGAAGGAACCUUAUGUAUAUAAUAUGCGUAAACGAUGUCGGUAGUUUAAAUUAUAAGACCGACAUGCCGUGCCAUAAAUGCGAUAUUGCCUAAGGAAGCAAUUCGGCGUGUCGUGAAAGAAUACAAAAAAAAUUAUAAUUAAAUUAACGCAUGUAAUGCCGAUGUAAGUGUGUACCAAAAGUUAAUAAAAUUACUUUUAUAUAAGUCUAUAAA